UGACUUAUUCCAUUUUUCAUUUCUCCGCCUUCUUCCUUUCUCAUACAUUUUCUUCUCUUUUUUCAGCUUAUCCCAUUCAACCUUCUCCUCCGAUACUUCUUCACACCUGAUGUUGAUUCAUGCUGCCACCAUUCUCUGACGUCGUCUGCUUCAUCCGUGCGAAGUAAAACAAACAAACAGAAGUGGAUCGAGCGAAUUCUCCGAGAAGGAUAAUAGCGUUGAACUGUUGAAGUGCAUAGAGACGAAAGAGAAGUACGUCUAAAUCUUCCAAGCUAUAGUCUAUUAGAACCGUAGAGAAUUGGGGAAUGGCGGAAUUCAUGGACCUAGAGGCCCAAGACGGGGUAAGGAUGACAUGGAACGUGUUGCCGGGGACGAAGCAAGAAGCAAAUAACUGUGUGGUGCCAGUAUCAGCCAUCUAUACUCCCAUCAAGCCUUUCCCUAAUAUACCGAUUCUUCCUUAUGCUCCUCUUCGCUGUCGUACCUGCCGCUCCGUUCUCAAUCCCUUCUCCAUCGUUGAUUUUGCUGCCAAAAUCUGGAUCUGUCCCUUCUGUUUCCAACGUAAUCAUUUCCCCCCUCAUUACGCUUCCAUAACCGAUGAUAAUCUCCCUGCUGAGUUAUUCCCACAGUAUACUACCAUCGAGUACGAGUCCCCUGGUGACAAUUCAUCUUCGGUCCCACCUGUUUUCAUGUUUGUUGUUGACACUUGCAUCAUUGAAGAGGAGAUGUCCUUUCUCAAGUCCGCUCUUUCCCAGGCCAUAGAUCUUUUACCUGACAAUUCUCUGGUGGGUCUCAUUACCUUUGGUUCUUUAGUCCACGUUCACGAAUUAGGAUUUGGUCAGAUCCCUAAGUCCUAUGUCUUCAAGGGAUCCAAGGACGUUUCAAAAGAUCAGCUACUUGAGCAAUUGAAUUUCUUUCUCAGGAAGCCCAAGCCCUCUACAGGUGUCAUUGCUGGUGUUAGAGACGGUCUUUCUUCGGAGAGCAUAGCACGUUUCCUCUUGCCUGCCUCCGACUGUGAAUUUGCUCUCAAUUCUGUGUUUGAGGAGCUUCAGAAAGAUCCUUGGCCUGUUCCACCCGAUCAGCGUGCUUCCAGAUGUACAGGCACCGCCUUAAGUAUCGCUGCUACUUUAUUAGGAGCUUGUGUUCCUGGUUCUGGAGCUAGAAUCAUGGCUUUCGUUGGUGGUCCAUCUACUGAGGGUCCUGCUGCUAUUGUGUCAAAGAACCUAUCAGAGCCAAUUCGUUCUCACAAAGACCUUGAUAAAGAUUCGGCUCCCCAUUAUCAUAAAGCUGUCAAAUUCUAUGACGCUCUUUCAAAGCAGCUUGUACAUCAAGGCCACGUUCUUGAUCUCUUUGCCUGUGCUCUCGAUCAGGUGGGGGUUGCCGAACUUAAAGUUGCAGUUGAGAAAACUGGAGGACUUGUUGUGCUUGCUGAAAGUUUUGGCCAUUCAGUAUUUAAGGAUUCCAUCAGACGUGUCUUCCACUCUGGUGACUAUGAUCUUGGACUCUCUUCUAAUGGUAUAUUUGAGAUUAACUGCUCAAAGGAUAUAAAAGUUCAGGGUAUUAUAGGCCCAUGUGCAUCUCUUGAAAAGAAAGGUCCUUUGUGCUCUGACACUGUUGUUGGUCAGGGGAGUACUAGUGCUUGGAAGAUGUGUGGCCUUGACAAAGCUGCAUCGUUAUGUUUAAUAUUUGAAAUUGUAAAGAAGGAUAUUCCGGAUGCCACUGUUCAGUCAACAAGCAAUCAAUUUUAUUUCCAAUUUUUGACUUAUUACCAACAUAAUAGUGGUCAAAUGAGGGUUCGGGUUACAACUCUUUCAAGAAGAUGGGUUGCUGGUCCUGGAAGCAUGCAGGACUUGAUUGCUGGAUUUGAUCAAGAAGCAGCUGUUGUAGUCAUGGCACGCUUAGUUUCUUUCAAAAUGGAAAUUGAGGCUGAGUUUGACCCGAUAAGGUGGCUGGAUAAGGCAUUGAUACAUGUCUGUUCUCGAUUUGGAGAUUUCCAGAAGGAUAGCCCAUCUUCUUUCAGCUUAUCUCCACGGUUUUCAAUAUUUCCUCAGUUUAUUUUUAAUCUACGGCGUUCUCAGUUUGUUCAGGUCUUCAACAACAGUCCAGACGAGACAGCAUACUUUAGAAUGAUCCUGAACCGAGAAAAUGUUACCAAUUCAAUUGUGAUGAUUCAGCCCUCAUUAAUUUCUUAUUCAUUUCAUUCAGGCCCUGAACCAGCCCUCCUUGAUGUGGCUGCCAUUGCAGCUGAUAGAAUUCUCCUCUUAGACUCAUAUUUCAGCGUUGUUAUUUUUCAUGGGGCAACCAUUGCACAGUGGCGAAAGGCUGGGUACCAUCAUCAACCUGAACAUAAGGCUUUUGCACAGUUGCUGCAAGCUCCUCAUGAUGAUGCAAAUGCAAUAAUCAAAGAGAGGUUUCCAGUUCCUCGUCUGGUCAUUUGUGAUCAGCAUGGCUCACAGGCCCGUUUUCUUCUAGCAAAACUGAAUCCGUCUGCAACCUAUGCUUCUGAUUCUCGUGUGCCUGGUGGGGACAUCAUUUUCACGGAUGAU